GGAGGCUCGGUAGAUUUUUAUAAGGUGGAUGGUUGUGAAGUAAGCUCGUGAUGGGGCAACAGGAAUCAGCACAGUGUUGCUGAACUUACCAAAGCAGCAUGUCCGAUAGGAAGAGCGCUGUACACCGCACCCUUGGAGCUUCACCACAGUCAACUCCCGCAGACCAGAUGGUGCUGUCAAAAUGACUCGGGCUCUCUUCAUCCUCGCAUGCUACUUUUUCGCUUUGAUUCAUUGUAGCACUAGUGCUGAGUCAGAGGAACGUUUAAUGAACUGGCUGCUGGGAAAAAACCGCUACAACCCGCUUAUUCGUCCAGCCGUCAACAGGACCGAAAGAGUCACAGUGAAGCUGCAAGUGUCUCUAGCCCAGCUCAUCAGUGUGAAUGAAAGAGAACAGAUCAUGACCACUAAUGUUUGGCUCACUCAGCACUGGGUUGAUUACAGGUUAUCAUGGGACCCUGCAAAAUAUGACGGUAUCGACAAGCUGCGUAUUCCUUGCAGACACAUUUGGCUCCCAGACAUCGUCCUUUACAACAAUGCUGAUGGAACCUAUGAGGUAACAGUCUUCACCAAUGCCAUUGUCCUUUUCAAUGGCAGCAUCAGCUGGCUUCCUCCAGCCAUCUAUAAAAGCGCCUGCAAGAUUGAGGUCAAGCAUUUCCCCUUUGACCAGCAGAACUGCACCCUCAAGUUUCGCUCUUGGACAUAUGACCACACAGAGAUUGACUUGAUUUUGAAGUCUGAGGUGGCUAGUAUGGAUGACUUUACUCCCAGUGGGGAGUGGGAUAUCUUGGCACUUCCAGGCAGACGGACCAUCAACCCUCUAGAUCCCACUUAUGUAGACCUCACAUAUGACUUUAUAAUCAAGAGGAAGCCCCUUUUUUACACCAUAAACCUCAUCAUUCCUUGUGUUUUGAUCACCUCUUUGGCCAUUCUGGUCUUUUAUCUUCCUUCAGACUGUGGCGAGAAGAUGACCCUCUGCAUUUCUGUCCUCCUGGCUCUCACUGUGUUUCUGCUUUUAAUCUCAAAGAUUGUUCCUCCAACCUCACUGGAUGUACCUCUAAUCGGCAAGUACCUGAUGUUCACCAUGGUGCUGGUGACCUUCUCCAUUAUUACCAGUGUGUGUGUGCUCAACGUGCAUCACCGAUCUCCAAGCACCCAUACUAUGCCUUCCUGGGUCAAGUUGGUAUUCCUUGUGAAACUGCCAGCCUUACUCUUCAUGAAACGCCCUCACAACUACUCUGCACGUCAAAGACUACGUCAACAGCGGUGCCUACGGGCCAGGAGAGCAAUUUUGGGUCUGGGUUACCCAGUUGUUCCCAAAACAAGUUUUAUUUUGUCAUCCUCUGCAUUACUGUCCUCUGACUCUGCCUUCUCCACUCCAGGACAUAAAAAUGUAACUCCUCCGAUGGGAUACAGCCACAGCAGCAGGAAAGGGGACUUACGCUCCACUGAUUAUCUUCACAGUGGUUUCAUUUCUACCCAAGACCUCCAUCAAAGAAGCAACUCAGACUGGGCUGCUGAUGUCCAGGAGGCAGUGAACGGCGUGCGCUUUGUGGCUGAGCACAUGAUGGGAGAUGAUGAUGAUCAGAGUGUGAUAGAAGAUUGGAAGUAUGUGGCCAUGGUGGUGGAUCGUAUGUUCCUGUGGAUAUUUGUGACAGUGUGUGUGGUGGGUACCCUGGGCCUUUUUCUACAGCCUGUCUUCCAGAGGCAGAUUGUUCCCAACCAGCAGCCCAGCUCAGAGACCCCUCGCAUGUGAUGAGCAUCAAGGGAGACAGAAUGCCUUCAGGGCUUUCAUUACAUGCUGUUAGGAUAAACAGUUAUAAGGGCAUCUAAUUCAGCAAAAGUUUCCUUAAUGUUUGCUUACUGCUGUGUGUGAACCAGAUGCAGUGACAUAAUGUUCUCUGUAUCAAACCCUUUCAAACUAGAGUUGGUAAACAGCUAAUAUGCACAUCAGUUGACUAAAGAUAUGUUUUAAAAUGGAUAAAGAUGCUCUUAUUAUUUAAACGAUUCAGGAUUUAGGAGAAAAUGGUACAUUGGGAGUGGAUUUACUGCACCACACAGAGAUCCUGAUAAUGUUACAAAAGACAACAGCAAAACUGGACUGAAUGUAGCUCUCACUGCACUUCAGUAUGCUAACCUCUUGCAGAUAUAUACCUCACAUGACAAAGAUGUGUCUGCUGUUGUUGAUGUUGUUUAACUUCUGAUUUGUGUUACCAUGUCACUGAAAUAUAAUAAAGAUAAAUUUGUGU